ACUAUAUGGGCAUUGGGCACUAAAUAAAUUUUAAAAAAACCUUGCUGAUGCUCCGCAAUAAUUAUUUACUGUUUACAAUUAAAUUAAUUUAUGUAUCAUAAAUUGUCAAAACUUACGAUACAAUUAUUACAAAGAAUAACAAUUGAACCUAAAGUUGCAGAAUUUAACAUUUUAUAUAGAGACAACUUUGCUGUAAUUUGAAAGAAAAUAAUGGCUCAUAAUGUGAAAAUUUUGCCUGGAGCUACAGUUUGCGAGGAUUGUACUCUGGAAGGGGAUAUUACAAUCGGUGGCGGAACAGUUAUCCAUCCACGAGUGUCAAUAAUCGCAGAAGGUGGACCUAUCAUUAUUGCUGAAUACUGUAUCAUCGAAGAAUAUUCGAAAAUCAUACACAAGAAAAGUGAAAAACAGGAAAAUCCCCCUAAACCACUUUUUAUUGGUGCACAUAAUGUCUUUGAAGUUGGAUGUAAACUAGAAUCAAUAUUUGGUCACAUUGGGGAGAGCAAUGUUUUUGAAUGUAAAUCAUUUGUUGGGACCAGUGUUAGGAUAGGCAGUGGUUGUGUAAUUGGAGCAGCAUGCAAUUUAACGGCUCCUCAGACAUUAGCAGAUAACACUGUCAUAUGGGGUGCUGAUAAUAACAUACGCGAAGCCUUAGAGAAACAACCUUCACAAGUACUGCAACUUGAUUUUCUAGGCAAAGUAAUGCCCAAUUAUCAUAGGCUGAGAAAACAGAAUUUUCAUAAGAGACAGCCCUCACGGCAGUCACAAGAUGGAAAAUGAUUCAUAUAGUUAUAUUAAAGAGGUGCAUACAGCAUUGCAUUAAAUAUAUGCUUAAAUAAAGGCACUCACCUCAGUGUGACCAUGCAGUAACAUGUAAUGUAUAAAUGUAAUAGAUUUUUUUAAAUAAAAAUAAUUCUGUUGCAAGAAAUAUAUUAUUUAAAA